UUCCUCAGGUAUGGAAAGCAUGGCGCCUUCUACAGAUUCAGGUCCAGCACGGGGCGAGUCCUGCCUCUGUUUUACGUCUACGACUCCUACCUGAUGCCAGCCGAGUCCUGGGCCGAUCUCCUCAGCCCUAAAGGUUCCCACAGUAUCCGGGGCACGCCUUACGACGGCGUCUUCCUCGCCCUUAUCGUGGAGGAGCGCCACAAACACGACAUCCUAGCUAGCGGCUUUGACGGCAUCUACACCUACUUCGCCUCCAACGGAUUCUCCUUUGGCUCGUCCCACCAGAACUGGAAAGCCAUCAAGAACUUCUGCGAUGGCAACAAUCUGCUCUUUAUUCCCAGCGUUGGUCCGGGGUACGUGGACACGGCUGUUCGCCCGUGGAACAACCACAACACGAGGAACCGCGUUAAUGGGCGAUACUACGACACGUCCUUGCAGGCGGCUUUGUCUGUAAGGCCGGAAAUCGUCACCAUUACGUCCUUUAACCAAUGGCAUGAAGGCACGCAGAUAGAAAAGGCUGUACCCAAGAAAACAGUGACGCGUUUGUACCUGGAUUACCAACCCAAUCAGCCGGACCACUACUUAGUGCUCACUCGACAAUGGGCAGAGAACUACAACAAGGAGAAGGACACAUGGCUGAUGUGAACUUAAUUUCCCUAGUGAAUCAGACCAAAAUAAAUAGUCUGCUCCUACUCCUUUAUGUCCAUUUCAAUACCAGUUUUUCUGCUUCGACAGCAUCUACACCUACUUUGAAUCUAAUGGCUUCUCUUUGGCUUGUACUAACAGAACUGGAAAGCCAUUAAGAACUUCUGCAAUGCCAACAAUCUGCUCUUUUGGUCCAGCGUUGGCUGUUCACCCGUAGCACAACCAGGGAACGAGAACGCAUGUUAACGGACGAUAUUAGGACACUUCUUUUCAGGCCAGAAAUCUUGACCAUUAAGUCCUUUUACCAAUGUCAGGAAUGGACGCAGACAGAGAAGGCUGUACACAAGAAAAAUGUGAGGUGUUGUACCUGGACUGCCAACCCAAUUAGCCAGACUAUGUGCUUACAGGCCAGUGGGUCAAGAAGUUUAACAAGGAGAAGGACAUGUGGCUGACUCGACAAGAAAAGACAUCUCCAAACCUUUAUAUCCAUCCCCCUAACAGUUUUAUUUCCGACUCUGAGCACUACUUUGACGGCAUCUUCACCUACUUUGCCUCCAACGGCUUUCCUUUGGUUCGUUCAACUAUGACUAGAAAGAAAGAACUUCUACGAAGCCAACAAUCUGCUCUUUAUUCCCAGCGUUGGUCCGAGUUACUUGGGAAGGGCUGUUCAACCGUGGAAACGUCUUCGCAAGCGUCACCAUUAAGUCGUUGAACCGAUGGAAGAAAGGGACGCAGAUAGAAAUGGCUCUUCCCAAGUUUGUAACUGGACUACAAACCCAAUCAGACGGACUAUCACUUAGUGUUUACUCUUCAAUGGGCGGAGAACUUCAACAAGGAAAAGGACACAUGGUUGAACUUUAUUAGCUGGUAGAUCAGACCAGAAAAUACAUGAAAUCAGCUCCUUUAUCUCCAUCUCCUAGCACUUCUGAUUAGAUUUUCUCUAAAUGUUCACUCUACCUUUACUGUUUUUAUUCCGUUUUUUUGUACAGCUUAUAAAUGUCACCUGAUAUGUUGAAGCUAUGAAGGACAAAUAAUCAUUGUUUCCUGAUAAUCCAGUAUCUGUGUGCGGCUUAUAUGCAGUGACUCUGCCCUGUAGAGACGUUUUUCUUAUUUUCUUAUGAUGAGAGACUGUUCUUUCCUGUAUUUCUCUGAAGUGAAAAUUAAAAUGUGUGUCUGGUUACUGUCGGUGAGUCAUUGAACAAGAACAUCCGAGAAAGAUUACAAAUAGUCAAAGAAGUUGAAGUGGGUUGCAGGAAAAUGGUUUUCAGAGUCUAGGGUUUAAGUUAUAUUUGUUUGCAGAUGGUUGAAUAAUUAGCGUGUGCAGAAAACCAAAAACAAGACUGAAGCUUGUGCUGAAGCUGCUCGAAAUGAUUGGUUUUGUUGAAGUGCCUGGGUUAGAGUCCUUUGUCACAUUUUUUUUUAAUUGGUUAAUUUUACCACGCUGUGAAAUUAAAAGCUGUUAAGGGUGCAAAAAAAGAAUAACACAGACUCUCAAGUACUUGAGAGUUA